AUGGUAGAAAAAAACCGGACAAAUUAUGCCUCUCCCGACUACGACCCUGAGGACCCGGAAACCAGCAUCGAAGACAGCAGCAUCCUCGUUACACCAGAGCUGUCCGAAGACAAAACAAGCGACAAGAUUGACAUUCCCGACAUAGGGAACAUUCCUGAUAUUGAGAACGUUCCUGACAUUGAAAACUUUCCUGACAUAGGGAAUGUUAAUGACGUCCAGGAGAUUGAUAGGAGAGAAAGUGAAGUUGAGUUUGAAGAGGGAGAGAGAAGGAAAAGAAGCAGUGGAGCUGAUUGGGAUAAAGGUUCAAAGGGAGCAAACAGACGAGUACAGACAGCGGACACGAUCCUCAACAUCCGCGGCGCGCUACGCGACGCGAUCGGCGACGCGGGCGCCGCGCCGGGCCCGCGCGCGUCGUCACGCGUGGACGCCUUUGUGAUCAGACCGGCCGCGCCGGCGCCGCAGCCGCAAGCGCAAGCGAGACAGGCGCCGAGGGUGCAACCUUCUACUAGCCAGCCAAAACAUCGGGAGCUGCUAGUAGAACCGCACGCCCGCGCCCGCAUACCGUGCGAGCUGGCUAAUGUCACGGACCUGCGGUGGUACCGCGACAGUGAGCUGGUGAACCUGCCUACCUCUGCGCGUGGUGGAGAAGCGAUGUGGGCAGAGCCGGGCGGCGCAGUUAUAGCGCGAGCGACACGGAGUGAUGCCGCUGUGUGGCGCUGCGAAGGAAGAGAUACCAAUGGCAAUAAAGUUUCGGGGAAGCCAACGGAGCUACUGGUUUAUGAACCGGUGCGGUCCCUGUACCUGGCUGUGGACGGGCGACGACUAGACGCGGGGAACACGUGGGUGCCCGUGCGGGACAAGAUGGUGCUGGAAGUACGCUGUGUGGCUGAAGGAGGGGUGCCAGCACCAGAGUUGUCAUGGCGACUGCUAGCUCUAGAGCCGGCACUGGAUCAUCGGCCGUAUUUGCGGACCAAGCCCGCUAACUAUUCACGGGAGGGCGUAACCUGGUCCGGAGCGUCAGUGACAGCAGCACGCGAGUUACAUAAUGCCAGUCUCCAAUGCGAGGCCAAACAACGCAGGCCUCCCACCGCUGAUGAGGCCGAAACCCCUCCGGCGAUACAUUCUACUAAACUAGAGAUUCACGUCACUUACCCACCAUCAUUUGUGAUCUCCCGGUGGCCUGGCUUCGGCGUGGCGCUUUGGGCCGGGGGCGCAGCUGCGUUGCGCUGUGACGUGGAUGCGAAUCCACCAGCAAGAGCUUGGUGGCGACGAGACGACGCUCCUCCAGAUAGCGCACCUCCACAAGGUGGCGCUGAGCGAGGAUCCUCAGCGUCGCUCCGCUGGCCGGCACUAUCAGCGCAGCAUGGGGGAUGGUACCGCUGCAGAGCCUCAUGGCUUGACCAGGAAUAUUCUUCCAUCGGCUACUAUCUGAAUGUGCUCUCCCCGGACGAAUCAUCGUCGGUAUCAUCGAGCGCAUCCAACACUGAGGGCCAGAAAUCCGAGGAAGCCGAGGAAGAAGAGGUGGACCACCAGAAAGUCGACGUGCCACUGGGAGGGAGUGUACAGCUGCAUUGUCCCAAAGGCAGCGUUGGUUGCUGGUGGCGUCGUGUCCUCGGCAACGCGUCUGAAGGCGCGUGGGCCCCCGCCGGCUCCCACAAUGCGCACGGAGUACUCGGGAUCAAAGAAGCAUUGUACCAGGAAGGAGGGGAGUACCGUUGCGUCGGAGCGCGCGGGUCGGACCUCGCGCGCUUGCAGGAGCUGAAGCGUGUCACUCUACGAGUCACUGGUGCUGCUACGGCCCGUGCAGUGUCAGCAACAGCAGUGGCCGGCGGCGGCUGGAGGCUCGAGUGUGGAGCUUGCGGCCGAGCGUUGCGAGUUCUAUGGCUGCUCCGAGGCAGGGCUGUACCAGCGGCGUUGACGCCUGAUCUACCGCAACAUUGCUGGCGGACUGUACUUCACGUGACCGACCCUGAUGAGGUGUGGUGCGUCGCUGGUGGCGCGGGCGGCGGCGCGGUGGCAGUGUUCCCCCCGCGCGCCCCCGCCCCCGCCCGGCAGACCGUCCGCGCUCUGCACGGCGCCUCCACCGCUUACCACGCCUCUCUAACCUUACUGACGACGGCGUUAGCUUUGCUAGUUCAAAACUAGACGAUAGAAGGAUGGUGACGCUGCUGCCAAAAAUUGUAAGAUCUGAACUGAGUUUUACUUUCCAAUCCUAAGAAAUUGGAUUGAAGUAGUAAUGUAAACUAGAAGAUCACAAAACGAUGGCGAAACCGCUGCUAACGAGAGUGUUAAAUCUGAAGUGAAUAUUGCUUUUAAUCGGAUUAAAGAUAAUUACAUCUAGUGCAUGCGAGGAAAAUGCAUGCGAUAUAGCAGUGAAAUACUUAGAUGAAAAUCGCUAUUGUUAACCUAUGUGAAAAGGAGGCGAGCAAUUUGAUAUAAAGCCAUCAAUCAAGACAGUGUUAACCAGCUAUAUCAUAUUAGCGAAAAUUGGGAUAAGAAAUAAAAAUGUACUGCUAAGCUGUACGUUAUUGGAGAUACGAGACAUGAAUUAUAACCCCAUUUGAGCCUAAGCGGUGAUGAAAGACAAACAAUCAGUGUAGUGAAGUGAAAGUGUAAAUAGUGAAUAGAGUGCUAGACUAAAAAGUUUGAAAGUAUCUGAAUACUUAAAAGUUGAAGCAAAGAUUGCAGAAAGUUUCGUAACCUAGUUUACUGAUUGCAUUGAUCCAAGGAGCGAAUUUAAAGUUGUGCCAACAGUGGAAGCAAAGUUAGACUGGGAUGAACUGGAAUCAGAGACAUGUUAAAAGUUUCAAGCAAUACUCAGUGAAUGGAAACUAAGAAUGACCUAGGAUAAGACUGCGCAAAUGUUGCGGAUAUUGUUGUAGACUUGAAAAGUUUAUUGCACAGAGUUGAUAGACAGAGGAAUUGCUAUAAGAAAACUGUGAUUUCAUAACAGUUGACUGUUUUAAUCGGGACAUCGCGACUUCAACGCUGUAGCAGUAACGUUGCAACAGUAAUGGUGCGGCAGUUAACAUCCGAAUGUCACCUUUACACAACGAUUUUCUCUUGUUUACGCACGAAAUGCACACUUCACAAGCAUUGAAUGGCUUAAAAAUGAUAAGUAUGUGUGCGUGUAACAUCGGCUAGCUGAAAAUCACAGUUUCUUAGCGUCCUCUUUCUAUCUAUCGACUCUGUUAUUGUGGUCCCCGCUCCGGGGGUGUACAUAUUCUCCCGCUUGCUCUCUUUCGUGCCCGUAAAGCUCUCGACGCACAUGCGUCGUUGCUCGACACGUUUCAACGCAUACGUGUCGUCGAUGGCACUCUGACUCUCUAUAUAGUAGCUGUUCGUAUCUAGGGCACCGCCCACUAUCGUACGGGACACGUCCCUCUAGUCUUCGUAGGAUCUAUAUGUAUUCGUUAUACUUAGCUAUCUCUUUACGCCGACAUUUCGUUAUUAAGGCAUCCCUUCCUAAUCUUUAAGCUUUCUUUAAUGGGUAUUUUGAGAAAACAGGAAGAUAAUGUGCCAAAUUGUUGAUAUUUUAAAAUAGAAUUUUCUUAUUAUUAAUGAAUGUGGAAGUUAACAUAGGUAUCGUAAUCGGUGAGUAAUGUAUUGUAACACCAAUUGAAAUGCAUUAGAAUUUAUUGUAAGUUGGAGCGAGCGUUGUGCUGGUAGGCGCCUAGAAGCUUCGCGAGUCCGAAUGAGGCCUUGAUUGGGACCUGAAACGCUGAUUGGCCCCCUCGAGCGUCAUAAAUUCGU